UGGGUCUGUGCUUGGAACCUGCGGCGACCGGGCGAUUUAGGGGGAAAGAAGCCUGGGUAGGGUACGCAGCCUGACUUCUCUCAAAGGGCUGCACAGAGGUGGAAGGAGUGACACCUUGGCUACUGACAGCAAGGUUCCACGCACCCCGCCAGGUGCAGCUCCACCUUCCUCUUACCUGUGCAACUCAGGACUCUACACACGCCCGGAAGUAGGAGGACACAGGACCAUGUUCAAGGAGACGGUGACGUUCAAGGACGUGGCGGUGGUCUUCACGGAGGAGGAGCUGGGGCUGCUGGACCCUGCCCAGAGGAAGCUGUACGGAGACGUGAUGCUGGAGAACUUCAGGAAUCUGAUUUCUGUGGGAGGAAAGAUCCAAAGUAAGAUGAAGACUGUUAUAGAAGCAGAACCACCUGAAGAGCUUUCCUGCUGGCGGAUCUGGCAACAGAUUGCAAGUGACUUAACCAGGUGUCAGGGCUCCAUGAUAAAGAGUUCUCAGCUCCCCAAACAAGGUGAUUCACCCGGACAGGUUGGAGCAGGACAGUCUGCAACUCACACAGGCCAGAAACCUAAUCAGUCUAGUGAAUUUAAGAAAUAUUUCAGUGAUGUCUCCAGCCUUGAUCUUCAUCAACAAACACACUCAGGAGUGAAGUCUCAUACCUGUCGUGAGUGUGGAAAAAGCUUCUGUUACAGCUCAGCACUUCAUAUUCAUCAGAGAGUUCAUCUGGGAGAGAAACGCUACAAGUGUGAUGAGUGUGGUAAGGAAUUCAGCCAGAGCUCAUGUCUGCAAACUCAUCUGAAAGUUCACACUGUGGAGAAGCCAUUCAAAUGUGAGAAGUGUGGGAAUGGCUUCUGUCGUAGAUCAGCACUUAAUGUUCAUUAUAAAUUGCACAUGGAAGAGAAACCUUAUAAUUGUGACCAAUGUGGAAGGGCCUUCAUUCAUGCUUCACAUCUUCAGGAACAUCAGAGAAUCCACACUGGGGAGAAACCCUUCAAAUGUGAUAAAUGUGGUAAGAGUUUCCGACGUAGAUCAUCACUUAAUAGCCAUUGUAUGGUCCAUACGGGAGAAAAACUGUACAAAUGUGAGGAGUGCGGGAAGUGUUUCUUUUGUAGCUCAAAUCUUCAUAUCCAUCAGAAGGGCCACACACGAGAGAAACCUUAUAAAUGUGAGGAGUGUGGGAAGGGCUUCAUUCAGCCUUCACAUUUUCGGGCCCAUCAGAGAAUCCAUACUGGAGAGAAACCGUAUGUAUGCAAAGUGUGUGGUAAAGGUUUUACUAUGAGUUCAAAUCUUCAGGCACAUCAGAGAGUCCACACAGGAGAGAAACCAUACAAAUGCGAUGAGUGUGGGAAGAACUUCGGUACAAAAACCCGUUAUCAAGUUCAUCUGGUAGUCCACACGGGAGAGAGACCCUAUAAAUGUGAGGUAUGUGGGAAGGACUUCAGUCAGAGAGCAUAUCUUCAAUCCCAUCUGAAGACCCACAGCAUAGAGAAACCUUACAAGUGUGAGGAGUGCGGGCAGGGCUUCAAUCAGAGUUCCCGACUUCAGAUUCACCAGCUGAUCCAUACUGGUGAGAAACCACACAAAUGUGAAGAGUGUGGGAAGGGAUUCAAUCGUAGAGCAGAUCUCAAAAUUCAUUGCAGAAUCCACACAGGAGAGAAACCAUUUAAUUGUGAGGAGUGUGGGAAAGUAUUCAGGCAGGCCGCAAAUCUUCUGGCCCAUCAGAGAAUCCAUAGUGGAGAGAAACCAUUCAAAUGUGAGGAGUGUGGGAAGAGUUUUGGUCGCAGUUCACACCUUCAAGCCCAUCAGAAAGUCCACACGGGAGAAAAGCCGUACAAAUGUGAGGAGUGUGGGAAGGGCUUCAAAUGGAGCUUGAAUCUUGACAUGCAUCAGAGGGUCCACACAGGAGAGAAACCCUACAAGUGUGGGGAGUGUGGUAAGCACUUCAGUCAGGCCUCAAGUCUGAAGGUUCAUCAGAGUGUUCACAGUGAAGAGAAGCCAUACAAAUGUGAUGUGUGUGGCAAGGUCUUCCGCCACUCUUCACAGCUGCAGUCUCAUCAGCGGGUUCACACAGGGGAGACACCUUACAAGUGUGAGACGUGUGGUCAGAGCUUCCGUUGGCGAUCAAAACUUUCACAUCAUCGCAAAACUCAUGGUGGCAAUACAUUUUAUGAAAGUAAGAAGAGUGGUAAGAACAUCAAAGAAUCAUCAGAAAGAAGUUCUCUAAAAUGAUGCUUAAUAAAACCCUGAAUUCUUAUCAUCAUUGAGUCUCAUAAGAGAGAAAAUACUUGUGUUAGUUUAGUUGGUAUUUAAGCAAUAAUUGAACAUAUCUCAGUUUUCACAAGAUCACACAGUUGAGAAAACUUGUAAGUGGUGUGGUAAGUCUUUGUUCAGAAUCACUUAGGAGGUAGUAGUACUUAGGAAAAGAGUUUGGGCUGGCCUUUAACACAAGUAUAAUGAUGGGUAUACCAGAAUUGAUACCCACUAGAAUGUAAGCUCCAUGAGGGCUGGGACUUUGCUGCUAAGUCUAUACAGCCCUCAAAGCUGGAGGCAUCAUAAUUCUGGACUUCAAGUUAUAUUACAAAACUAGUAAACAAAAUUGUAUGGUACUGGCACAAAAACAGACACAUAGGUCAAUAAAACAGAAUAGAAAACCCAGAAAUGAACCCAUAAUUAUGUGGCCAGUUAAUCUAUGACAAAGCAGGAAAGAAUAUCCAAUGGGAAAAAGUUUUUUUUCAACAAAUGGUGUUGGAAAAACCGGACAGCCACAUGCAAAAGAAUGAAAUUGGACUACUUUCUUACACCAUACACAAAAAUAAAUUCAAAAUGGAUGAAAGACCUAAGUGUGAGACCUGAAACCAUAAAAGUCCUUGAAGAAAGCACAGGCAGUAAUUUCUCUGACAUCAGCUGUAGCAACUUUUUUCUAGAUCGGUCUCCUGAGGCAAGAGAAACAAAAGCAAAAAUAAAUUAUUGAGACUACAUCAAAAUAAAAAGCUUCUGUAUAGCAAAGGAAACAAUCAAAACUAAAAGGCAACCUACUCAGUGGGAGAAGGUAUUUGCCAAUGACAUAUUCGAUAAGGAGUUAAUGUCCAGAAUAUAUAAAGAACUUAUAAAACUCAACACUCAAAAAAUGAAUAAUCCAAUUAAAAAAUAGGCACAAGACAUAAAUAGACAUUUCUCCCAGAAGAAAUCCAGGUGGCCAAGAAACACAUGAAAAGAUGCUGAACAUCACUUACUGUCAGGGAAAUGCAAAUCAAAAUUACGAUGAGAUAGCACCUCAUGCCUGUCAGAAUGGCUAAAAUCAACAAGACAAGAAACAACAGGUUUUGGCAAGAUGUGGAGAAAGGGGAACCCUCCUGCACUGUUGAUGGGAAUGUAAACUGGUGCAGCCACCGUGGAAAACAGUAUGGAGGUUCCUCAAAAAGUUAAAAAUAGAAUACCCUAGGAUCUAGCAAUUGUACUACUAGGUAUUUACCCAAAGAAUACAAAAAUACUAAUACAAAGGGAUACAUGCACCCUAGUGUUUAUAGCAGCAUUACUUACAAUAGCCAAACCACGGAAAUAGCCCAAGUUUCCAUCAGUUGAUGAAUGGAUAAAGAAGAUGUGUAUAUAUACAAUGGAAUAUUAUUCAGGCAUAAAAAAGAAUGAAAUCUUGCCUUUUGCAACAACAUAGGUGAAGCUAGAGAUUAUGCUGAGUGAAGUAAGUCAGUCAAAGACAAAUACCAUAUGAUUUCACUCAUGUGGAAUUUAAGAAACAAAACAUGAACAAAGGGAGAAAAAGAGAGGCAAGCCAAGAAACAGACUCGGAAAUAUAGAGAACAAACUGAUGGUUACCAGAAGGGAGGUGGUUGGGGGGAUGGGUUACCCAGGUAAUGGGGAUUAAGGAGUGCACUUGUGAUGAGCGCUGGGUGAUAUAUGGGAUUGUUGAAUCACUAUAUUGUACACCUGAAACUAAUACACUGUAUGUUAACUAACUGGAAUUUAAAUAAAAGUUUUAAAAAAAUCUA